AUGAUCUUAUGUUGCAGCAUUCUACAAGUACAGUUUUAUGUUGACAAGUCAUGGGAGGGUCCCAAUGUUGAAGAAAUUCUCGGUGUGCUAGGUGAAAACGAUGAUGAACAGACCCCAGAGGAGAGGGAAGAAGUUAAGGACAAUCUGCCACUAGCCUAUUUAUACAAACGUGCGGUGCCACCGCAACCGGCGCAGUCCUCCUCAGCUUUGACGGUAGCAACCACAUCGGUGGUCUGCACUGCUCGGCACUGUCAUCGGCCAGUGGUUCAGUCAGACGACCGAUGGGAUGGCCAGUUCUGCUCCGUUGAAUGUCUCCUUCAAGUCUGUCACGAGACCUUCCAUGCAGCAUUCCGAGGUCACUCAAAACUACAACAGCAGCAACAGCAACCAGAGCACUACUUGACAUCUACUUUCAAUAAUUCUACCGACAUCGACUUCAUGAAGGAGGAUGAGGAGGAGGGGGAGGCUUACCUCGAUGCUCAUCUCAUUGGCAUUGCGACCCCUCAUGGCAACUGGGGUCUCGUCGGAACCAGAGCACCACCUUUCCCCUUUGCUCAAGCACACACCAACUAUUCCUCACCCUUCCUGAUACCUCCUCCUCCUCCUCCUCCAGCACAAACCACUUCAAACAGUUCAAUGCUACACCAUCGACGCCUCACCUCAUCACCCCCUCGAGGAGCUCAAUACGGAAAAGAGGUAUUGGAAGGUGCAGUUGAAUCGAGAGUGCGAGACUGUCUUGCGUUCCCAGUGCGGGAGGUGGGUGAGGAGAGCGGAUGA